AUGGAAAAUGAAGUGGCGGCUCUGUCCACCAACAGUGAAGAGAUGGUGUCUUUCCUGUGGAUUGUGCGUGCGUGGCUGCUAGACUGCAGUGCCCACGGGGUUCCUCGGGUGAUAGGGACGACCAACUUCAAGCGGAAGCUGUUCUGGCUGGCAGCUGUCACCACCAGUGCCUGUCUCCUUCUCUGGCAGAUAGGGACCAUGUGGCAAGAUGUCAGCAGCCAUCCAAUCACUGUCAACCUGCAAGUGCUGCACAGACGCCAGCUCAACUUCCCAGCUGUCACCAUUUGCAACUCCAACAAACUCAAAUAUUCAAAGAUAAUCAGCUUGGAAGAAAAUUUGGAAGAUGCCAAGACUUCUCCGUACGUUGAUGGUCUCCAGAAAGCAUUCGCGUUCUCCAAAAUGGAAGCCAUUGGACUUCGGUUCGCUUAUUACAAACUUGUCACACAAGUUGCUGGUGAAGAAAAAAACACAGACCUCAUUGGAAAAUGCCACGCUGAUAGAUUCGAUCUCGGAUUGAAAGAGCAAACUGACGAAUCAACUAGCAAUCGAAGUGACCAGGUUGAGCCAUUGGAUCUCGUAAUUGGAGCCGAUCCCUCGGACAUCCGUUUGAGGGUAUCCCCUAACAAUCAGUUUGAGUGUGAGGACGGCUCCUGUGUGUCUCAAGCAGACAUGUGUGACGGCAUUUUGGACUGUCUUGACGGGUCGGAUGAGUCAACUGAUUUGUGUGGCACUUGUCCCUCUUCUACCUACGAGUGCAAGAGUGGAAAAUGCAUCAACCCCAAAUUGAGGUGUGAUGGCAAGUUCGACUGCGAUGACGGAAGUGACGAAAAUCCUCAAAUAUGUACGCGCGUUGACCACAGCAAAGACUUUGUGUGCUGUCACAGCGACACUAUAAUACCACGGGCGUUUCUCUGCGACGGUUAUGACGACUGUCCCCGCGACAAAUCGGAUCAGUUUCUCGACUCAUGCAACGAAAGCAUGCGAGGGCUAGAAACAGGCAAUCCGGAUACUUAUUUCUGUCCCAUGGCUGGAGUGGAUUACGAUGAGGGCCAGUUUAAUCUGAAUAUUUCUAAAUCCCAAAUUGGGGACGGGGUAAUGGACUGCCAGUUUGGUAUUGAUGAAACCUGUUUGUGGAAAAAUAACUUGGAAAAAUGGGUGAACCCGUUCAGAAGUAAUGAGCAAUAUCUUCAGUACCGCAGCUUUCUCCUUAAAUCAUACGGCAAACCAAGUUGGGGCAAGUGGUACACCAUGGCUGCUGCGGAUGAACUCAAAAAACUAGGGCACAGUUACCAGGAUUUGAUACUCACUUGCAGAGCAAACGGCAAAGAGUGCAACGAGACAGCUUCAAUCACAGACACUUUUUCUCAAAAGUAUGGAAUGUGUUACACGUUCAACUUCUGCGAACCAGUUACCAAUUUUGGCCAAAACUUUGGACUGAGUUUUGCUUUCAACCUUGAAGUGUUUGAUUAUUUGGGGUUGUUCACAAUGGGCUCAGGGUUGAAAUUGUUUGUAACACCCCAGCAGAACAGAAGAGACCCCGGUCAUUCUACGUUUGUUGACUGGUCGAAUGAAAUAAACAUUCCGCCUGGCUUUGAUCAUUACAUAAGUAUACACCCAGUGAAAGUUCACAAACUGGGAGCUCCCUUCAGCAAUUGUGAAUUAUACGGAGAAGGAUCUCUGGCAAAUUUCCACAACAAAGACGACUGUCUCUUUCAAUGCGAGCAAAGAGCGAAGACUCAAAAGUGCAACUGUUCAGACGACGUGCGAUUCGAUGAGUCAGAACUCUGCACGAUUGACAUGGUCUCAGAGAGGAUAUGUGUCGAAGAAAUGAGCAGCACUUUCAGUCCGAGUGAUGAGUGCCACUGCCCUGCUGAGUGCGAAAGUGCCACAUUCGAUACGAGCAUCUCACAACUCGAAUGGCCUUCCAACAAGUCACUGGCAAAUUUCAUGACCAAAAUUCCCUACGAAAUAUCCACAUCUUUGCAACACUUUUUAAUAAAUGUGAUCGAAAAAUACUGGAAAGAUAAAAUAGAUGGAUCUCAAAACGCUGUCAACGCAUUGAGAUCCAACUUCGGGCGUGUCAAUAUAUAUUUGAGAGAUUUGUCGGAAACAUUGAUAAGAGAGCGUCCGGUCUACGAAGUGGUGACUAUUCUGUCCAACAUUGGGGGUUUGCUAGGACUGUACCUUGGUUUCAGUAUGCUCACACUACUGGAAUUGGUGGAUUUUGGGUUUGAUCUAGUAGAGUAUUUUAGAAUCCAAGGACACAACAAAUCACUUCACACUAAGAAUUCGAACACAGAAGACGUGAAGACCAAGUUGACUCCAACUGAAAGUAAAGAGCAGCAAGACAUGUCGAGGCCUCCGUCGUAUGUUUUGGUUCAGCAACCAAGCGAGGUUGAUACGGAAUCAGCAUCAGAGUUGUUCAUUCCGCUGACCAAAGAGAACUUUGCAAACUCACAUGUAGUAGCGGAAGUCUUCGAAGCAGUCAACAACAGCGCAGGCAUACAUCUGCCGCAGCCGCAGCUGCAGCCGCAGCCGCAGGCGCAAUCGCGGCCGUCAUUCCAAAACCAUUUCACUACUGUGUGCAAACUGUAACUCAAAUUGUUUACAAACGAAACUCUGGCUUGCGCAGUAAAAAUUUGUCUGGUAACUUUAGGCGGUCGACCAAUUUGCUUUUCUGAUUUCUCUCAAAAAAAUUUUUAGACCCCAUUAUACCAAAUAGUAUUGUUUGAAAAUUCUGACCAGGGUGCCUGUAGAAAAUUUUAAAGUAUCAGUAAAACAUCAAUUAAAAAGAGAGGUUCUGGUAUUCUUUAGUGGGUUCCAGUACAUAUCUGUUGACUGGUCGAUUGAAAAAAUAGUUUUAGAAUUGACUUAGGGAUAUUUUGACCGGUUGAUUUUGUUGAUGCUAUUAAACAAUUUGAUGAC